AUGGUGCGCCGCAAAGACUGGAAACAGCGCAAACAAAGCAGCAUACCUUCUCUUUACCGGGAUGUCUUCGAGAGGGCCGAAAGGGAGUUUGCGAAUGAGCAGCGAGAAUAUGUGUUAGCGUUGGUCGCCGAAAACCGAGCACGGUUACAACGCGAGAGAUCUGGGACGCCACUGCCUGUGGCCUCCGCAGAGAACGAAAUCCUUCGACGCAGAAUCGACCAGUCACCAACCAGUCGCGACGAUAAUGGAAAGCUACGACUCCAGAGAUGCCGGAAAAUUGUUUUUCCGCAUGUCGACCCUCUUCCGGACUCAACAGCGUAUAUUCCAAUUAGAAGAAAUUUCGCGGCAUCGGACAUUGUCACGAGCAACCUUUUCUUGCCCUAUCUCGGGGACACAAAGAGGAAUAUCGAGUCUGCAUACCAAAUUAUUUCUGCGGUAGAUGAAAUUCGUCGACUGCAAGAAAACCAGCACGACGGGAGUGGUGAUGAGAUAGACACCGGGUCGCUGGCUGCCUGGAGACGAGGAUUUUCCCAUGGAAUACCAGUGCCGCAAAACUUGGGGCCAGUGUUAGAGUGCGGCUCGCUGUCCAUAAUGGAAGAGCGAGAUUCUGUUGCGUUGUGGACCUGGAUGCAGUCGCAGAAAAUGGCGCUCUACUUGCUUCGAAAGACUGCGAGCCAAUUCGGUGAAGUCCAGGAAGCGCUGCAGUAUUUAAGCACAUACACUUCAACUAGCCUCACGGAUCUGAAGUCAGUGCUUGCCGAGCAAGAGAUUCAGAACAGAGAACAAGUUGCACCAGUCCAUGGUCGGUCGCCAAAUCAACAUUGUUCAAAUGUAUGUCUUGCCGAAGACAGCACGGAUUCCCUGCUGGGUAUCUGCGAGUCCGACACGAUGCGCAGCUUGUUUUGUAGGCGAUGCUAUAUGUACGACUGUGCAAUGCACGGCUCACAUCACCCACUGCCAAGAGUGAGAAGACCACGUUUAGGAUUGUUCGAAUUCCCAAGUGCAGAGGUCACAUUUUGUAGUGGUCGCUGCUUUCGACGACUCUGGCCGAACGGUAUCGGUAGUAUCGAAGGUGAGCUGCGCUCAGAUGCCACCCGAAGAUCGGAGACACCAGAAAAAGCGGAUCGUAUCGAUUUUGAUCUCAAUCAAGUGGUGUGUGCCGCAUACGAGUUGCCCUUGCUCCAGACGGGUCAGGAAAUAUUUGAUAAUGAUUUUUGUCGUAUCCGGCAAGUUUGCCUUCCAUGGCGAUCAUGCGUGGAAUGUGCGAUGCUCGCGAUGAAAUAUUAUCGUGAGGGCGGCAUGCAGAAAAAGCCCUCUGGACAAGUGAAAAGCAACGACAUGGUGCAGACUAACCAUGAAGACGCUGCCUCUCACCAGACGAUGAGUGCCGCUUCCGAACUGAGACCUAAUGCAGUUCGGCACGUUACCAGUACUGCAGCGCCCGACCACAGGAAUGACGCCAGCUCCAGUGGCCUUGUCAGCGAUGUUAGCCACUUCGCACUCGCAAACGGAAGUGUCGACCGCCUCCACGGACAGCAGAGACGCUCCUGUGAUAUUCGGCUGUGCAGGGCUUCGCGUCCUAUGAACCAAUUAUCUGCAGGACGCUCGUUCGUGUAUCGCCCAUGCGAUCACGAGGGCGCUUGCUCGAAGGAAACCUGUGAGUGUGUCAUCAAGGGGCGGUUCUGUGAAAAAUACUGUUGCUGUGCAUCGGUUGUGAUGGGUGAAUCGUGUCCCAGGGCCUUUAAAGGCUGCAAAUGUCGAACGAAAUGUAACAACAAGAAAUGUCCCUGCUUUGCGGCGGACCGCGAAUGCGACCCGGACUCUUGCACCGGCUGUGGUGCUCGCGACCCGGAGGAUAAGCACAGGACUUGUGAAAACAUGAACUUACAGCUGGGCAUCCAGAAACGACUUUUACUCGGUCGCUCAGAUGUCCACGGAUGGGGUAUCUUUGCCAGUGCGGUCAUUCCCAAAGGUGCCUUUAUUGGAGAGUACUGUGGCGAAAUUGUGAGCCAGCUCGAGGCGGAAUGGCGAGGCCGGAUUCAUGAUCAUACAACUGGCGUAUCAUACCUUUUCGAUCUCAACGACGAGCAAUGCAUCGAUGCCCAUCGGGCCGGCAAGCGCACAAAGUUUAUCAAUCAUAGCCGGAUUCCGCCUCGAAAGAAUUGCGUGGUGCGUUAUCGGAUUGUGAACGGGGAUAUUCGAGUUGCGCUCUAUGCAGAUCGUCAGAUCGAAGCAGGCGAGGAGCUAUUCUUCGAUUACGGCUAUGAAUCGGGUACGAACGCGCCAUUGUGGGCGCGCGCUGAGGGCGGAAGCUCUAGCACGCUAGCGAAAGCCUCUUAG